AUGUUGAUUUCUCAGGUUAUAAUACGAUACGGCGGGCCAUAUAAAAAUGAGCAUUAUAACUUGAGCAAUUGGGUUUAGGUUAUAGCGUGCGCGAGCGCAAGUCAGUCACUGCCUUGUGGCGUAGUAGUGACGUCAGCGUCAAACUGACCGAUAGCGAUCGAACUAUUUCGCGCAGGUUCUUAAUGUCACCGUGGCUCCGCGGUCAACUGUUGGUCUACAGCGCAGAUGAUCGUCGGUUCAAAUCCUGGCGAAUGGCAAUACUUUUUCCUUUAUUUUUAGGGCGUUAUUCCGCUUUUAAAAUAGUAACGACAUGCAAAUAGCGAGUCAUUCCAGAUCGCAUUUCAAGGUGUGCGGUUGUUACAAUUAAACUUGUACCCGCCAUGGAAAAAUACAAAUCAAAAAUGUAAUUUGUGCAGAGAAAUGUAUUUAAAGUGCAAUUAAGGAAAUAUUACUUUGUUUUUGAAGUGUAAUUUACAAGAUCGAUAAGGGCUUGUGGACAUGCCCUUUAAGAUCCGAUGGACAAUUAGAGAUAGAAGUGCACCCUUAUAGUUACGCUAGCCGAGGGCAGGAUCAGCAGGGUUCCCAGACUUUGAGUUUAAAUCCCUCUUGGCGCUCAACAAACCUUAGUUUACGUAUUAGUCUUAAGUUUAUUUUAGCAACUAGUUUACUUCUUUAUUAUACUUUAUGUCCUUAUUCCUUCGUUUUAUUGCUCACACCGUUUGCAACACGUAAUAAAUAGCGCCCAACGUUUUAAACUUACGGUGUUGCAAAUACGGGUAACGGCGGAUGACUGGCAAGUUUGAAUAGUGUAACGAACAUUUUGUUUGGAGGUGUAAGGUAUUAAAUUUCAUUACUUAGGUUUUGGUUUAUGCAGUACUAGUGUUAUUUCGCUGUGUUUUAGUUAUAUUCACGCUUUGUUUGAUUUAAUUGUUUAUAAAGGGUGUGUUAAUUUUUAAGUUCUGAUUUAUUUUAUGUAGGUAACUAAGUUUUUCUGUUUUUUUUGUGCUAAUAAUUUGGUGAUAUUUUUUUGUGAUAUAGUAAUAUAUUUGGUAAUUGUUUUUUUUGGUAGCUUUUAUGGUUACAGUUAACGUGGAUAAAAAUAUCAGACAUCCGUUGUUAAUUUUCUUUUGUGUUGGUAGUGUGUUAUUAUUAUUGUGUGUUGGUUAAAGAUUAGUACUUACAUAAAUUUUGGUAGAUUUAUCUUGCAAGAUGGAUCCGAACUAUCUUUUGAAAGACGAACUGGAAUAUGAGCUAGAAUGUCGGGGGGUUAUUUUACAAAGUACGGUGCCGGUUUUAAAAAGGGUUUUGAAGGAAUUGUUGAUCGUGGAGUCGUCGGAUGCUCCGGGGCACGAGGUUAAGGCACCAGUUAAUAGUGUCAGAUCUGUUAAGUCAGAAUUGGAUAUUUGUACAAAGAAGCUAGGUAUUUUGUCUAGCUACAUUAGUGAGUUAGUAGGGAAGCCAGACAAAGCAUUGUUCAAAAGAUUGGUGUCUAGAUUGUACCAUGUACAGAAUAGAGUGAGUUUGAUUGUAGAAUUGGAGGACGACGAAGGGGUUCGGAAGGAUGCGUUGGAGCAGCAAUGUCAGGUUCUGUUAGAAAAAUUAGAGGGUCAGGACGACGGCUGUGAGGAUGAGCAUUUAACGGCAGAUGAUGAGGCUGUUUUGCAACAGUCGUUAGGUGAUUUGGGGGUCAAAAUAGUGGAAAAGCUGAAUAUUGCAGGGCGCUCUACGGAGCCAGACGCAGGGUCUAUACCAGAGAGUGGGAACGCUGUGAAGCUGGAGGAUAAUAGUGCUUCGAAUAAAAGUGUUUACUUUGGUAUUGGUCAUAGGAAUGAACAUUUGGGAAGAACUGGUACUUUUACUGAAGAGAUCAUUUCAGAAGCCGUUCUAUCAGGAAGAGUUGUUAGCGGAAAUAAGAGCCAGGACGCAGGGGAGUGA